UGUAUUGUUUUUAGUAGUAUAGUUUUGGAAAAAAGUCGCUGUUCUACAAAGUGUAGAGCGGCAUCUCUUUCGCUAUUGCAAUAGUCUUAAUUCUAAUCUGAAGUUAAUUUACGCUAGUAAGGAAGCGCUUAUUAGCAUAAUUUAUCCUUUUCCGAAAGAUUGAUUAAAAAAUACCCAUAUUAAAAAGAAAAACUUUCAUUAGAUUCAGUCAUCGAUUAUAGACCUUACGCAAAAAUAUAUUAGGUAUACCUAUCCAUACCCAGAAAUGAGCAGAUUUCAUUACUAAAAUUCCACCAAAAAAUAUUCAAUCCUAUAAAAUAGAUUACCUGGUAAGAAACCUAAGUUAUUACACAUCUAAUACAUUGACUCCUCAAUGUAGGACAACGACUUGCAUCAAGAUUAAACAUCCGCAAACACUGCUAGCCCCGAUACGAGCUAAAAAUACGCUGUUAUACUGUUUGAUAUGACCUAUUAAAUUAUUGUUUGGGUCCGCAUUUAGAGAUAAUUAAGUGUUUUCCAUAAUAUAAAUAAGUUUUUGCAAAGUAUUUGAGAGCUCGAUGUAUAAUCAAUUAGCUCGCAGACGGUUGUUAGCUUGAACACAAAUCUCUUAAUAAACAAGUGCUCAUUAUCACGUAAUAGGCAUUCGUAUUGAACGUGGAAUAAAAACUGUUUAGAAAAAUACCAGUGAUGUUCUUUGUAAAUAUCUAAUCAGAAGGAAACGUAUGAAUACGUAGGUGCGAUACGUAAUCGUUUCAACUGGCGUCCAACGUCAAACGCGGUUUACGGCCAGCGUCGUGAAUGAAACGAUCGCCAAACAAAAUGCAAGGCAAAUACUUUUUUCUAGUCCUAAUGAUAACAUACAGCCAGCACAUUGCCUCAUCGCACAUCUUAACAUCAUCUUACAUGGAUAUGUCGCUACCGUCGUGCAUGAGACUAUUGACGUACAGAGUGAUCAACGAUUUGUGCCCUACAUACGCUUAUGUCGACUAUUCUUCCGAGGAAUUCAGUGGGCCACCUAUCAUCCCAAGAGAAAUCGCUGAGAGAAAAAUACAACGAAGAGAGGUUGUUUUAAAGUCAUGCUGUACAAAACCCUGCACUCUCACAGAGUUGUUGUCUUUAUGUUAAUUGAUGGUAUUCAUAACUAUGUCAGAUGAAUCCGACAAGAACUGCGAAACUAGAUACGGUUUAGCUUAAAUUAAAUUAUUGUACUUAGAUAAGGCAGUAGGGGUCUAUGUUUUUAGAAUACGACCUUUUUAGAACUAGAACUGUCAUGGAGAGGUCAAGAUGUCGUCGAAUCUGACGUUUAUUAAUGUACGUCAAUGUUUCAUUCUUUUUUUUGGACACGUACGGCAAAGAAAACUACUGGUCUAUAUUUUAUCCCGUCUUAGGUAUAAGUAUACUUUUUAUCUUGUAUUAUAAAUGUUUAUUAUUGACUGUUUAUCGAUUACGGCUCGAACGUAUACCUGUAAAGUUUUUCAUUCGUGAAAUACUGCUUUAAAUUACACUACCCACCAAUUUAAUACUUAUGUAAAUGUACCUAAUUUUAAUUAUAGGACUAAUUUAAUUAUGAAUGUAAUUUUAUUUUUGAUUGUAACAACUGUUGCAAAUUAUACUGUAAUUAUA